CUCGAAUCACAUUUAUUUAAUUUUCAGAUAAAAUGUUUUAGAAAAAGAUAUGGAGCCUAGUUUCCCAAAUAUACCUCAGGAUGAGACUCAAAGUGAAGCGAAUUGGGCGUAUUCUAUGCGUAGAAACAUGCAGCAGAUUCUUCCAGGUCUUUUUCUAGGUCCUUAUGGUGCUGCCGGAAAAUCCAAGCUUGAAGAGCUGCAGCAUCAUGGAAUAAGUCAUUUAGUUUGUGUCCGAAUGCCAGGAGAAGAGAAAAUAGUCAGAAUUAAUUUUCAAGACAGUUUUAUUUGUUCAGUGAUAGAAAUGUCAGAGAGCCGGACUGAAAGAAUUCUUCCAAAGUUGAAAGAGUUUCAACUAUUGUUGGAGGACUGUUUAUCAAGUAAUGGAAAACUUUUAGUUUACUGUGUGGAUGGAAUGUCUAGGUCUGCUGCCCUCGUCAUGGGAUUUAUUAUGUUUAAAUAUGGUCUCUCUUAUCAGGAGGUAUUGAAGUAUGUACAGCAGAGAAGGUUCUGUAUCCAACCCUCUCCUGUAUUUGAGGUUCAGCUUAAGGAACUAGAACCUAUUUGUAGGGCUGAGGUUGGGAGGAGAAGUUAUCAGCCCAGCAGACAGAAAAGGGAAUUUGAGGACAGUGAUGAGAUAAUAGAUGAUCAUAGUUUCACCAAAAUUCGCCAGAAAGUUGUUGAGGAUGGUUCUACAAUGGAUACAGAGUAAACUAGUCUAAUAUACUCACACGAAAUACCUGCUGCAGUACAAACAGAUCAUUCUCACUGAAAAUAUUGUUUUUCUUAAUUUAAUUUUCGUUUUUUAACUUGUUUCCUUGUUUUAAGUUUCAAGAUUCUUGAUCUUGGUUGGAAGAUUCUUGGUUCCAUGAUUCUUGGUUCCAAAAUUCUGGGUUCCAUGAUUCUUGGUUCCAAAAUUCUUGUUUACAUGAUUCUUGGUUCCAAGAUUCUUGUUUACAUGAUUCUUGGUUCCAAGAUUCUUGUUUACAUGAUUCUUGUUAACAUGAUUCUUGGUUCCAAGAUUAUUGGUUCCAAGAUUCUUGUUUACAUGAUUCUUGGUUCCAAGAUUCUUGUUUACAUGAUUCUUGGUUCCAAGGUUUUUGGUUCCAUGAUUCUUUCUUGAUUCCAUGAUUCUUGGUUCCAUGAUUCUUGUUUACAUGAUUCUUAGUUUCAAGAUUCUUGUUUACAUGAUUCUUGGUUCCAUGACUCUUAGUUCCAAGAUUCUUGUUUACAUGAUUCUUGGUUCCAAGAUUCUUGGUUCCAUGAUUCUUGAUUCCAUGAUUCUUGGUUCCAUGAUUCUUGUUUACAUGAUUCUUAGUUCCAAGAUUCUUGUUUACAUGAUUCUUGGUUCCAGGAUUCUUGGUUCCAAGAUUCUUGGUUCCAUGAUUCUUGGUUCCAAGAUUCUUGAUUCCAUGAUUCUUGAUUCCAUGAUUCUUGAUUCCAUGAUUCUUAGUUCCAAGAUUCUUGUUUACAUGAUUCUUGGUUCCAAGAUUCUUGUUUACAUGAUUCUUGGUUCCAAGAUUCUUUUUUACAUGAUUCUUGGUUCCAAGAUUCUUGGUUCCAUGAUUCUUUCUUUUUAACAUGAUUCUUGGUUCCAUGAUUCUUUCUUGAUUCCAUGAUUCUUGGUUCCAUGAUUCUUGUUUACAUGAUUCUUAGCUUCAAGAUUCUUGUUUACAUGAUUCUUGGUUCCAAGAUUCUUGGUUCCAUGAUUCUUGGUACCAAGAUUCUUGGUUCCAUCAUUCUUGUUUAGAUGAUUCUUAGUUCCAAGAUUCUUGUUUACAUGAUUCUUGGUACCAAGAUUCUUGGUUCCAUGAUUCUAAAACUGUACGAUUGAUAUUAACUUAUUGUUUAUGUUUGAUUUUAAAAUUAUUGUCUGCAAAGUUGAAGUAAAACUUUGUGUAUUCGUGUACAGUACAAUGUAAAUUGUGUAUUCGUGUACAGUACACCGUAAAUUGUGUAUUCGUGUACAGUACAAUGUAAAUUGUGUAUUCGUGUACAGUACAAUGUAAAUUUGAGAAUGUACAAAGUGACAAGUUCCUCAUAUUUCUAAUUGCAGAA